AUGUGUGGCGGUUGGGCCUGUGCUUCCUACAAUAUCGCGUGCUGCAAUCCGCGGAACUCGACACUGCGCUACACAGGCCGCUGCUUUGCCCCCACCCCCUGCGGCCCCAACGACGACUGCGCCGUCUGCGGUGGGUGCUGUGGGGGAUGCUGUGGCGGAUGCUAGGCUCCAGGAACUUAGCCACAGCCGUCUCCCAAUCUGGUGGUAAAUGCCUCCUAGAGCGAUUCCCAACAAGGAGGCCUGGAAAAUUAAGAUCUGUCAUCAGGAAACACUACCUUUUCAGUCUCAGUCUAGUCAUUACCGGCUGAACACCUCCCCAUUAGAACGUUUCUUCGAAGCCGCACAUUUUAGUUCAACUGCCAAACCGCAAUCAAAAUGUGCGGUGGCUGGGCUUGUGCCUCCUAUGAGCUGGCUUGCAACAAUCCACCUUUGUCAACACUCCGGUACACUGGUCGCGACUUCAUCCCCACUCCGUGCGGCCCAGGCGACAAGUGCUAUGUCCGUGACACAAGCCGCAAGAAGAACACAAAUAAUUGCUACGUGCCACAUGUGCUUGCUCCCAAGGAGGCCAAUCUGUGCUGGCAAAAAUAUGGGAACCAUAUGGAAAAGGCUGAGCCGAAAACUGAACAAAAAGCCGAUCCAAAAUCUGAACCAAAAUCCGAUCCGAAAUUGGUGUCAAAACCAGAGAGCCCAGAGAAAAAAUAGGCAAUGAUAGACUGCAGAAAAUAGUGUCUCAAUAUUCUACAUUAUCAAAAUUAAAAGUUUAAAAAGAAA